CGUCGGUGGUGCUUCCUUAGACGUUUCUUGUCGUAGCUGUUCAUUCAUUUUUGGAGCUGUAGCUUUGUUUUUACUCGUUUUUGCCGCUUUUUGCUCACUGCUCCCACGAUGAUUGAACCGAUGAAAAGACCCGGAGACAUGGCGGUGGUUCCUUCCGCCAUGAAGCGGCCCCGGAUGGAGCUGGUGUCGGCGGCCCAGUCUCAGCAACUCGUGGCUUCGGGCCCUCCACGGACCUCCAGCUUGCAAGCUCCCAUCAUGUUGAUGUCCGGCCACGAGGGUGAGGUCUACUGCUGCAAGUUUCACCCCAACGGAGCCACGUUGGCCUCUUCGGGAUUUGACAGGCUCAUAUUGUUGUGGAACGUGUACGGAGACUGUGAGAACUUCGCCACUCUGAAGGGUCACAGCGGAGCCGUGAUGGAGCUGCAUUACAACACAGACGGCAGCUUGUUGUUCUCAGCCAGCACAGACAAAACUGUCGGUGUGUGGGACAGUGAAACAGGUGAGAGGGUCAAACGCCUGAAGGGCCACACCUCCUUUGUCAACACCUGCUACCCAGCUCGCCGAGGGCCCCAACUGGUCUGCACAGGCAGUGAUGAUGGGACCAUCAAGCUGUGGGACAUUCGCAAGAAAGCGGCCGUCCACACGUUCCAGAACACCUACCAGGUUCUGGCCGUGACGUUUAACGACACCAGCGAUCAGAUUCUGUCGGGAGGCAUCGACAAUGACAUCAAGGUGUGGGAUCUGCGGCAGAACAAGCUGAUCUACAACAUGCACGGCCACGGUGACUCUGUAACCGGACUCAGCCUGAGCUCCGAGGGGUCCUACCUUCUGUCCAACUCCAUGGACAACACAGUGCGAAUUUGGGACGUGCGACCAUUUGCACCCAAGGAGAGAUGCGUGAAGAUUUUCCAAGGCAAUGUUCACAACUUUGAGAAGAACUUGCUCAGGUGCUCCUGGUCCACUGAUGGCAGUAAAGUAGCUGCAGGCUCAGCUGACAGAUUCGUGUACAUCUGGGACACCACGUCGCGUCGAAUCCUGUACAAGCUGCCGGGUCACGCCGGAUCUGUUAACGAGGUGGCCUUCCACCCAGAGGAGCCUGUAGUGCUUUCUGGCUCCAGCGAUAAACGUCUGUAUAUGGGAGAAAUUCAAUAAGAUGUGUGUGUACAUUUGACUGUAAGUGUGUGUGUGUGUGUCCUGCUUUGGAAGCGUUUGA